CACUCCCGGCCUACAGCCGUGCUUCCGGCCGGCGCGGAGCGGUGGUUUUCUGCCCGAGGGAUGGGCCCCGCCGCCCCGGUCCAGGGCACCGGCGGGAGCAGCGCCGUCAGCAAGUGUUCGGCGGCGGCAUGGGGCUACACCCGGGACCGGUUCCUGCGGCUGCUGGUGGGGCGGCGGCGGCGGCGAGCCCCCCUCGUCCACCGAGGUUACUACAUCCGAGCCCGUGCCGUGGAUCACUGUGUUCAAGACUUCCUGCACAAGACCCAAAGCCACCCCAGGACACAGAUUGUGUCUUUAGGUGCUGGCUUUGACUCCUUAUACUUCCGUCUGAAAGACGUGGGUCUUCUGCAGCACACAGUGGUGUGUGAAGUGGAUUUCCCAGUCGUGGCAAGUCAAAAAGCUGCUCUGAUCAAAGGCACGGAAGAAUUGUCAGCUCUGGUGGGAGAUACUGGAGGAGAAGCAUUAGGAGCCAUUGCCUUUUCUGGAAAGGAUUAUAAAUUACUGGGUGUGGAUUUGUCAGAGCUGUCUGAGCUGGAGAAAGCUCUGGAAGAAGCUGGGAUGGACAAUGAAAUCCCCACUCUUUUCCUGGCAGAGGUGGUGCUCACCUACCUGGAGAACAGCAGGUCGGAUGCUUUGGUUCAGUGGGCAGCAGAGUGUUUCUCUCAGGGCUGCUUUCUGCUUUAUGAGCAGGUGCACCCAGCAGACCCCUUUGGACGGGUCAUGCAGCAGCAUUUCAGCCAGCUGAGCUCCCCUCUUCACUCCUUGGUUCAGUAUCCCGACUGCCAGGCACAGCAGAGGCGCUUCCUUGAAAAGGGGUGGACUGAGUGCAGUGUCAUGGAUAUGAAUGAGUUUUUUAGCUGUUGUAUUCCAGAAGAUGAGCAGCAAAGAGUGCAGGUUCUGGAGCCUUUUGAUGAAUAUGAGGAAUGGCAUCUGAAAUGCUCUCAUUACUUUGUCCUGACUGCAUCAAAAGGGAUGGAACCUCCCUGGACUCCAUUAUCAUCCAGUAUGACAGCUCCUGAUGGUGAUGGUCCUGUCAGAAGGACUGGGAGCAUCACUGCUGCUGCCUGCGCAGCCCCCUCUGGAACCCUGGGCCUGAGGCGUUACGGUCACCGCUCUGUUCUUCUCAAACCCAACGUGAUCCUCACCACUGGAGGCUUUGGAGAGCAGGAUGGGCAGCACUGCCGGCUGAGAAGCUUCCAUGUGCUGGUCAAGCAGGCAGGCCACUGGAAAGGGAGCUGCUUGAAAAAGGAAAAUCUGGAUGGAAGAUGGGGUGCACGUUUGUACCAUACCCUGUCAUGUCUCUCAGACAGCCUGGCCCUGGUGGUAGGAGGGCGAACAUCCCCAUCAAGUGCAGGUUUGGGAAUGUUGUGGCUGAAGUUUCCUGAAACCUGUAGUACCUCAGACCCAGGUGACAUUACAGUGGAGCUCGUAAGUCUGCAGCCUGCUGCUGAGCCAGGUGCUUUGCGUUGGAGACACAGUACAACUGAAGUAACCUUCAAAGGUGAGAACUACCUGUUCCUGUAUGGUGGCCGCUCUGCUGAGGAGCCUGUGCUGGGGGAUUGGUGCUUCCUGCACACCCCAGAUCUUUCCUGCACUGUGAUUCCUGUUGAGGGUGCGGUGCCAGAACACCGUCACUCCCACAGUGCCUGUAGCUGGGAAGGAGGAGUGCUAAUUGCAGGAGGUCUGGGAGCAGCUGAGCAGCCCUUGGGUUCAGUUCUCUUUCUGAGGAAGCAUGAAGAUGGCUUUCAGUGGCAGACAGUAGAGACUCGCCCUCCACUCAUCCCAAGGUAUUCACACACUGCACAUGUGCAUGAUGGAAAGCUCCUGCUUGUUGGUGGAGUGUGGCUUUACUCAUCCUGUGUGCCAGGCAUCACCAUCAUUGACUUAGAGACUGGGCUUUGCUCAGACUAUACCAUUAAUGUGGAGCAUCUGGAGUGGCCACUAAUGCUACAUAACCAUAGUAGUGUCUUUCUGCAUGAUGAGAAGGAGCUGUUGCUUAUCGGCGGUGGUGGGAACUGCUUCUCCUUUGGGACA